UCAUAUCAUCAUCUUCAUCUCCAACAGAGCUUCAAAAAUGUUUAGUUUCAAGGUGUUUUUGAUAAGAAAUGUUGCAGAAUGAAGAAGGAAGUGCUAUGAGAUAUGAUUGUACUUUGUAUGCUUGAUCUCAGGAUUUUAAUGAUUUUAAUCCAUUUUAAACCAUUUACUGUUUUAGGGUCAAUUAAUUAACCUUCUAAGACCUGGUGUGACCAAAUAUGUGGACAUCACAUUUUUUGUUAAAAAUGUAAAAAAAAAAUGUUUACAAAAAUUGUGAUUUUACUAAAUAGGUAAAGUUUGUCAUUAAUUUGUCUUUAUUUGUUUUCAAGUAAAAAUAAAUUCUGCAAGAACAAAAACAGGUUUCCUCUUUUUUGUAUUUAUGCUAAUUUCACUUUUGUCCACCAGGAGUCAGUGUUGAGCUACGUGUUCAGAAGGCGAAUAUUAAUGGGCCAGUUAUUGUUAUUGCUUUGAAAUGGGACUUCUGUUAAAGAAAAUAUAUCGCCUGGCAGUGAACUUUGAGCUUUUAUCAUUUUACAGUGAGGGCACCUCUGUUGAUUAUCACGAAAAUGGACAUCAGUCUAAUGGCAAGGGACGAAAAAAAGGGAGACGGACACCUGCUGACUCACCAACCACAUCCACGAAUACAUGGUGCAGUGAUGUUGUAGACUGCACUGACCCUCCUGAAAUCAUCUUCAGGCCUCUACGCAGUACUGGAGCACAGCUCAUCACAACAGCUUCCUACAGUCCCCUGCAGCUGUUUCAGUUGUUUUUUACAUCAACUGUACUGCAGACACUAGUGGCAAACUCCAACUCCUAUGGAUCCAUGCAACAUGCAGCCAAGGGCAAGCCAUGGAAAGACAUUACUGUGUCUGACAUGAUGUCUUACCUGGGGAUGGUGAUUUACAUGGGAAUUGUGAAACUGUCUUCACUUUCAGACUACUGGAGGAAGUCCACUCUCUACAGUCUGCCUCUGCCUACGAGAAUUAUGUCGUCUAGGAAGUUCCUUCGAAUGACCAGCUCUCUACAUUUGAGUGACCCUAGGGCUGAUGAAGAGAAUGAGAAGAAAAAAGGAACACCAGCCUUUGACCGUCUCCAAAAGAUACAACCUCUCUAUGACAUGAUCAGAGAAAACAGUAAGGCAUUUUUCCAUCCAUUUCAGAAUAUAUCUGUGGAUGAAAGAAUGGUCUCAUCAAAAGCCAGAAGUGGACUCAAACAGUAUAUGAAAAACAAACCAACCAAAUGGGGUUUCAAACUUUUUGUUCUGGCUGAUUCCCUUACUGGAUACACCUGGGACUUCUUUGUUUAUGAGGGCAAGUCUGCUACUGACCAGUGCACAGAAAAUGGACUGAGCUACAAUGCAGUUAUGCAGCUUGUAAAUGAGAAGGCAUUGGGAAGUGGUUAUAAGCUUUAUGUUGAUAACUUUUAUACCAGCCCAACCCUCUUCAGAGACCUCCUUUCCAAAAAGAUAUAUGCAUGUGGCACCAUUCGACCAAACAGAAAAGGCUUUCCAAAAACAUCUCUGAACAAGAUGCCCAAGAAAGCAUCCCGUGGCACUAUCCAUUGGAUAAGAGACAACAAGCUCUUGUUUGUGGAGUGGAAAGAUACUAGGGAGGUUCUGGUCGCCUCCACUUUUCAUAAAGCCUUCGAUGGUGACACUGUGCAAAGAAGGGUGAAAGGAAAGGAUGGAUCUUGGUCACUUAUGGAUGUUCCUGUUCCAGCUGCUGUGAAAGACUACAAUAGGAACAUGGGAGGAGUGGAUCUUUCGGAUGCACUAAUUGGGUACUACAAUGUCCUGCACAAGACGAGAAAGUGGUACCGGACCUUUUUUUACCACUUUGUUGACAUCGCUGUGGUAAACGCUUUCAUUUUACACAAGGAAUUGGCCAAGACUACAAAUCAGAAGCCAUUAUCCCAGAAAGCGUUCCGAGAGACACUCAUUUUGGAUCUUGCAGGACUGCCCACCAAAAGCUCGGCUGUACAUCACCACAGACAGCACUGUAGGGAGGCGGAAGUGCAGGAUGUGCCAGCGGAACACUCCCGUAAAGUGCCAUGUUUUAUUAUUAUGUUGUAUUAUUGACUCAUGUCACAACACUGCCAAGCUACGUGCACUACUUUGUAAAUAUAUUGUAUUUUUGACUCACGUCACAGCACUGCCAAGCUACGUGCAAUAUUUUGUAAAUAGUUUGUAUUUUUGACUCACGUCACAGCACUGCCAAGCUACGUGCAAUACUUUGUAAAUAGUUUGUAUUUUUGAGUCACCUCAAAGCACUGCCAAGCUACGUGCAAUACUUUGUAAAUAGUUUGUAUUUUUGAGUCAUCUCAAAGCACUGCCAAGCUACGUGCAAUAUUUUGUAAAUAGUUUGUAUUUUUGACUCACGUCACAGCACUGCCAAGCUACGUGCAAUACUUUGUAAAUAGUUUGUAUUUUUGACUCACGUCACAGCACUGCCAAGCUACGUGCAAUACUUUGUAAAUAGUUUGUAUUUUUGACUCAUGUCACAGCACUGCCAAGCUACGUGCAAUACUUUGUAAAUAGUUUGUAUUUUUGACUCAUGUCACAGCACUGCCAAGCUACGUGCAAUACUUUGUAAAUAGUUUGUAUUUUUGAGUCACCUCAAAGCACUGCCAAGCUACGUGCAAUACUUUGUAAAUAGUUUGUAUUUUUGAGUCAUCUCAAAGCACUGCCAAGCUACGUGCAAUACUUUUUUGUUGUUGAUGACUAGUAUAUUGUAAACAUAUAAAAACCUAUACAUACAAUUUAAUUUGUUCUAUAAUGUUGUAAAAUUUGCUAAACCAUGCAAAAUGAUGUAAGUGAAUAAAGACAUUGUUUCAUUUUAUAUGAGUAAGUAAUCGGGUGUCCUUUUGGAGGCUUCAAGUAGCACACAGAGAAAAUGCACAUAAAUGCCUUUUAAAAUACAUCCAGAAAGUUAGUAUUUUCCGGAAAACAGUGUAUAUUAUUCUGUCACACACUAAAUCAAGAAUAAAAUGUGUGGAAAUGGUCAGAUAAGCAUGUUAGACCUCAAUGUAGAAGGUGGUAACCAAGUGUCCCUUUGGAGUCUCCAAGUGGCUUUUUUCGGAAAGACACCCAGACAUACACUAACAAAAAAGCUUGUAAAAACCCAAUUUUUGC